GUAGAACGUCAAAAACGUUCAAAACAGAUUGGAACAAGAAUUGGUAUUUUAUAUGAAACGGUGUGAAAAUAAGCAAUUAUUUGAGAAAACGUGAAUAUCAUUGUUGAAAAAGGUAUAAUACAUAAGUACACAGUAUGAUACAACUUGAAUAUUUUUAGUUUGUUCAAAAACACUUGUUCAAAACUUGAAAUUAAUGUCCAUACCCAUUUGAAAUUUAUACUCCAUCGUAAAGUUUUAUAUAUGAGGAACUGAUAUUGAAUCAAUUAUGGGGAAAUCAAUACAACCAAAACCCUUGCAAGUAUUUCCUAAAAAAGGGAUUUUGAGAAAAAAUUCUCAAUGCAAAAAGACUGACAUAAUAACUGUGUUACAUAAAAAACCAGAUAUAAUUGAAAAUUACUUACGUACAUUGUCGAAUAAUUUUGGAUCUAAUGUCACAAGUUCAAGUACUAAAAGAAAACGCGAUGAAGAAGAAGUAGAAGAAAUUGCAACGGUCAAGAAGCCCAGAUUGGUAGAACGUUAUGACGAGAGUAUUGAGCACAAUAUACAUAUUUAUAAUACUAAGGAUGAUAUAAGAUUCGAGCAUUUAACCAAUCAUUUAGAAUAUGACGAUGAACUGAAGGAUUUAUUCCAUAUUGAUGAUGCAAAAAGUAGUAAUGAGCAUACAUUUUAUGUUGAUUGGUUGCAUCAACUUUGCGACGAAAUAAGUUUGGAAGGGUUAGAUGGUAUAACUGUUGAAGCUUUGUGGUCAAGAAUAAAAAGUAAUUCGACGCAUCCUGUAUUAAUCGAAGGAAAAGAAGAAAUAUUCUGGAAUUUAUUGAAAUCUAUUGAUCAAAUCCAAUUUUUUGUUUUGGAACAACCUCGAGGGAAUUUGAUGAUUUACGAUAAAAAUAAUUAUGUAUGCCCAGAAACAGGAAUUGUUUUAGAACCUAUGAUAGAUUAUGGAGAAAUAUAUCCAUAUGCAAUGGUUAAUAGAGAUGGCGUAAAGGGGUCAUGUGAGACUUACCAUACCCGAAUGGAAAAUUCUGAAGUCGUUAGAAGACUUGGCUUGAAAGAAGUCUUGAAUGUCUAUGGCAAUCGCUUAGUGAUUGUAGCAAGUCAAAAAAUGAGGGAACAUGCCAUUAUAAGCGAAAUUUCUGACCCAACCAUUGAAUUAUUGGAUAAUGAAUAUGGUCUUCUAGAGAGAGUAGGCCGUGCCAGAGGAUUUGGUGAAUUAACACAAGGAAAAGUAUCUGUACUCAACAUGAUUAAAGAUUCCAGAUCGAUAUUUCAUGUGAGGAAGAGUCUGGAAGGAAAGAAACUUCUCAAGAAGCAAUUCUUUGUGCUUAGAAACGCAUCUUCUGGGCAAAAUAAAACAGGAAAACUUUUACAUCUUCCAAGAUUUUAUAGAAUCCAGAAAAAUAAGUCACUUUUACUUAUUGAGGAAAUUGUCGAGCUUCUUAGACAAAAACCAGGGUUCUCUCUAGAGUUCGCAGAGUUUAGAAAAUAUUUUCCACGUUCAACAGGAGUCAACAAAGUUUGUAAACUUCCAGAAUUCACCAAAUACAUCAAGACAGAUAUUUUUCAUCCUUACAGAUUUCUUUAUCCUAAUGCAACUGUGCAUGAAUGGAAAUAUAAGAAGAAGAAUAAGGAAAAAAAAUUGAGAAUAUUCCAAUUAAUUGAUCCAACAGUUAACGUAACAGCUACAUGGAAUGCUGCAGAUAAUGAGGAAAAUUUGGAAGAUGAAUUAGUAGAGGAUGAAGGUCAAGGAAGUAAGUUCCUCAAUUGUGAGUUUCUAAAGGAGGUGUUUUCAUUUAUUUUCAAGACAGGCAAACAAGGAACCACCCUGCAGGAGCUUGUGAAGAAAAUUAGUUUUGACUACUAUACAAUACGAUCGGCUAUACGAAAACUGCAAGCUAAAAAUGUUAUUGACUGUUACAGAACUGAACAAGGAAAGCAAAGGCACAUAUAUUAUUUCGCUAGGUGUUUUCAUUCGAAAAAUGUGCCGAUACCAGAGAAAAAAGUCACUAAAAUUCCGGACACUUUACUUCAAAAAAUUCUGAGAGACAAAAAAUCAUCCACCAAUAAAAUAAAAUUUAAUUUUCCGAUUAUGAUAACUGGUGGAAGGAUAAUAAGAGAUUCUUCGUUAAGUUAUCCCCUUCACAGUCCAGCCCUCAUCAAGGAGAAAACUUUUAUAGAUACAGAAAUGAUAGCUGAUAAAUGUGCCACGAAUCUGAAAAAUUUGAAAUUUUCCUCCAACGGAAUGACCAUCAACCUGCCGGAUAUAAGAAUAAUUCCGAAAUUUUGCGAUGUGAUAUAUGAGCAUAAAAAGAAAGUUUGGAGUUUCCGAGAACUUGAAAAUAUCAUAACUAGCUAUAGCAAUUUUAAUACAGCAGUUAAGGUUAUUCUCUUGAAAUCAAUGCUAAUGGGAGGCAAAAUUGAUGUGAAUAAUAUGCUGCAAGGAAACAGCAGCGAAAAUGUUCGUAUGGAAAUGUUUGCUCUCGAUUUUGAAGCAGCAGCAACGACCAGCAAACAUAUUCCAUCAAUUUAUUUAACGAACAAAGAUUUUUUACUGGGACCAAAUCCUAUUCAAUUGAGUCACGAGAGGACUUCGGAAAAUAUGGAAAUAACUAUAACGCAAUCUACACCACCUGAUACUUAUAUCUAUGAAUACCAAACAUAUGUUUCCUUCGAUAAAAGUAUAACUACAGUCUCAUUGGCGCGAUCAAAUAUCAUUUUGGAGGAGAUAAAUAAGCACCUGGUUAUUUGUGAUACCCACAAACUUCAGAGAAUCAUAACAGGUGUAGAAGUAGCUUCAGAUAAAAAGAGGGAAGGUCAUGGUAAAAUAGACAAAAAUACAUUGUAUCGUAUCUUAGUUCGUUUAUUGAAUGAAGGCUAUAUUAAAAUUUUCAAGAUCUUCAUGUUGUGGAAAGAAAAAUAUAAAUCUCAAUGGAUUGUUGCACAUCCAUCAGUAGAAAUAACCCAUCCUUCGUUGUUAUCAGCCAAAGAACAGUUGGUAGUUAAAUUUUUUCUUGGUAUGGAUAAAAGAAAUAUUGCUUGCACAGAAAAAUCUCCACCCAAAAAAGCAUUAGAAAACACUUCCCCUUUUGACAGUCAAGAGGCAACAUCCAGUACGCAAACAUUGAAACAAAUAUCAAGAACCAAAUCAACAGUUGUUUAUAAACAAAAUAGAUUUUUUGGAAGAAUCUUAGGUUAUCAACCUAAAUUUGUCAGAAUGCAGUUAGUCCAUGAACUGCUUUAUUAUCUUAUUUAUGAUUAUACUCCUCUAGAUCAAAUGUCUCGAAAGGACAUUGCUGAAAUAUACACUCAUUUCAAUUCUGAAGAGCGUCGUGAAAUACCACCUGUUUAUCGAAAAAAUAUAGAUUGGAAAAUGUUCAUUCCACCCCUACCGGUUCAUAAGAAUUUCCCAAGUGGAUGGGCUCUACUUUGUGAUGUAAUUCUCUCAAUUCCACUUUCUCUGUGGGUCAAGAUAUUCCAUGUAACUAUAGAAUGCCCCAAAUUAUUCUCCUACUUGGAACAUCCUGUGAGACAACAUUAUUUGAUUAAAGACAUUCCGUUGGAAUUUAGACAUGCCCUUAUGCACAAGAGGAGAUAUUUAUUUUAUGCUGUGGAAAUAAUAUACAGGUUAUGUUUUAUUGGAUUAGUACAGUUGGGCCCUCAGUCUGCGGUAGUGAAAGAUCAAAUAUUUUUAUACCUAAAUAGGAAAGCAGGUCUGCUUGAUACUAGCUCUAGUGGUCCAAGCUAUCACAUGAUAACCCAAAAAGAAUAUAAACAAUUAUCAUUUACUUUCUCAUCAAGCGCAGAUGUUGAGAAUUACUGGUGUCAGUUAUGGUCAAUAAGUAUGAACACUGCGCUUGGUCAAAGAAAAGUUAUGGAGGGAAAAUCUGUGACAAUUGUAUCACCAACUUCUAAAAGUAUACUAUUGGAUUCUUUAAAAUCUAAAACGCCUAGUGAGGCUUUAGCUAAUGAUAACGGACAGAUUCCAGGAGAUAAAAGAGGUGCCGCUGGAUUAGAUUCUAGUAUGUGGGGUCAUAUAAAGAGAAACUGGUUAUGGUCCAGCAAAAUACCAAAAAGUAAGGCUACUUCUGAUUCAAAUCCUGCGAGCACAAGAGCAGCUAAUAUUGCUUCCAUCAAGCCAGUGGCAAUAAAAUAUAAAGAACUUAUGAGUAAUAGUAGGAAAAUCUUCAUGACAAAUAAUCGCAAUAAAAAAUUUCCACUUGCUCAAUGCAGACAAAAACAAAAACACAAAAUAAUUCAUAUGCCGAAAAAGGCCACUCCCAAGCCGAAGAAAACUGAAAUUGAUUUAAAAGAUAAAGCAAUAAUCAAGAAGGUGGGACGAGCUUUCAGAGCCAAAUUCAACAAAAACGAAGAUAAGAUGUUAUAUAUUUUCAGAGCCGCAAAUUAUUUCCUCUCUAAAAAUAAGAAUAUUUUCAAGGCAUCUCGAUUCCUCAUACGAGAUUUAUUGCACAUAUUAUGUCCAGAAAGUCAGGAUAAAACGAGUGGAGCUUGUGCAAGAAGAUUAACAAAAUUGGAACGUAGUGACUUAAAUAUGAAGAGAUUGAAAGAACAUGUUUACGAAUUGAUUAGUUUAAAGGAUUUAUCAACACAUUUCGCCCCAAUUAUUUUCAAUCUCAAUAAAUCAACUCUGGCAGAUACUUACAGCUCGUACAGUAUUAUGGAUAAAAAUGUAGUUUUUGUCCAUGCAGUGUGGUACAUAUACAAGAACUAUAAUAUAGUUGAAAGAAUUCUUUCAGGUGAAUCAAAGCAUGUUGACUAUUUCAGUCCAAAUAAUAUAGAAACUUUCAAUUCACUUCUUGUAAAUUAUGAAAAUAAGAAAUCAGUGUUCAGCAGCCCUUCCAGUCAAGAAGAUAUCGAAAAAGAAGCAGUUAAAUCAGUACUCAUGAGUGCAUUGAAUUGUUCAAAAUUGGGACAGAAUAUUUCUUAUCAAUUUUUCCAAAUCUGUAAAAAAUAUUCUGAUACAGCUAUAAGAUCAGCAGUGACUAGUUCAAAAGGUUAUCAAGCUAUUUCCAUCAGCAAGAAGUCAGGAAAGAGUGGAACAAACAUUAAAAUGAUUCCCUUCCAGUUAUCAAUCACCUACAAUCAUAUGCAAAAAUCUACAUUCAGUUGUUUGAGUAUUCAUACAAUAUAUCAACAUUUUCUGCACAUUACUAAGGAGACGCCACUAUUUGCAGAUGUAGUGAAAACGAGGAAUAUUUUUAAAUAUAGUAGACUGUUGGCAAGAAAUGAAGUAGCAACAGUUUGGCCAAGACAUAAUAUCACAUUGAAUAUUCCAGAGGCAACCUAUGUUCUGAGUGAACAAGUCGAUAAAGAAUCUGUCCUAGUUAUCAAAUUAGCAGAAUUGUAUCAGAGAUAUUUGAAAGAUAGGGUGAAAGAUAUUCAUAAUCCUUUGAAAAAAAUAAAAAGGCCGAAUAAAGGGAUAUCAAUGAAUAUUAUCGAACCCUCCAUGAUUUCCAAACGAUUUAUUGCUCUUAAGACAAAUAUAAGGCAACUGUUUUCGAACCUUCCCUGCUUUAAUAACGAAACAAUUAAUACAAAUAUCCCAUUAUUCCUUGAAUGCACUGAUGAAGAUCAAAUUACCAAAUACUUGAAGGUAUUUUUAGAAGAAUUAUUGAAAAUUACUUUGAACCUACUGAGUACAGCUCCUGAUGGUCAAGAAUUCUUGCAACGUUGUAUCGGCAAAUUUUAUAGAAAUAAAACAAUAGACACAUUGUUUAAAGAGUUAGAAUUCAAACUCUUCAAAUUAGGUUACAUUGUGAGGGCAUUCCUGAUGCACCAUCACUCGAACGACGUUAUCGAUUGUUUUGAAAAUAAGGGUCUUGAGAUCGAUGAGGAUCAGAAACAAAUUAUUGAGGCUUGGCUGGAAAAAUCAAAAAUGAAGUCUCUACCAACGAAUACUACUGAGGAGAACAAACCUACUCUGGAACACAAGAAAAUAAGCAGUUUUUUCAAAUACAACAUGGAUAAAACAGAUAAUGAAACAAGAGUUAUAACAAAUGUAGACGAUGUUCCUAAAAUUGAUGAAAUCAUAGAUGGCAUGCUGGAACCCAAUAAAAAUUUCAAAAGGGAUAUACCUCAUGUCAGCGAUGUUGUUUGCCUUUUGUCACAAGAGAAAUGUCCGGAUGCUGAAGAUGAAAAAAUAUUAGAAGAGCUAAGGGAGAAUUUAGUGGUUGAAUAUCCAACUCUAGAUAAAUUUGAAAUUGAAGAUCUGGAUCAAUUCAAAAGUUCGUAUGAAUACUUAUUCAGUGAUGAAUGGUUACCAGAUCUGGAGAAAAUGGUUAACAGAUACUGCCACAUCCAGGAAUGUGACACUUUGGGAAUGAUACAAAAAAUCAAAGAUCAAGGAGGAACUAGUGCUGACCAUUUAUUAGCAGGAGAAAUUAUAAGUUAUGUAUACAAUCAGAAAGUAAUGGGCGUAACUGGAUCACAAAUUAUGAAUACCUUCCUCUCGAAACAAAAAAACUUGGAUCUCCAUGUCAUCGUUGAAAUAGUAUGCGAUAGUAAUAUUUUACUGGAGGUGGGAAUAACUGAGAAAAUAUUUGUUCAUGUGGAGCAGAGUGAUCCUUGGUUGGUUGACACCUUCCAUUUGUCACCCCACGAAAACCAUCUCCUUCAUGCCUCUGUUAACGAUGAACUACAAAUUCUGCAAAAGAAAAUAGCAUCCAGGAUUCAAUCGGCGAAGCCAGUGAAGGUGUUAAUGAUGCCUUGGUUGCAUCUUGAUGGAACAUUGAACCGUCCCCUUCUGAAAAGAUGGUUAACCAUAGUGUUAUCUUAUUGUUUAGAAACUUACAGCUGCUCAUUUGAGCAUAUCAUUGAAAGAUUUCAUCUUGUCAAACCAAUGGAAUUAUAUGUAUUGCUCAAGAUUUUGCAAAGAUUGAAGUGCUUGGACAUUUAUAUUCUUGAUUAUAAGUCUGAAGAUCUUUGGAAUGAUACAGUUGAGGAAUGUGAAAAGCGUCCAGCAACUAUUCUAGAUAGCUUGAGAAAAAUGGCCAUUGAGGUACAACCACUUGCUGCUGUGAGUUUGGGUCAUUUACUGAGUAAAGAAAAUAUUGAGAUCACUUAAGUUAUGUUGUAUAUUGAUUGUUGAUAAUUUUGAGAGUAACUUUUAUGUGUAAAUAAAGAAGGUUGUAUAUUU